AAAUUAUUGAUCUUUUUCUUUCAAUACAAUAUGUCUUUUUCUGACUUUACUAAAAUUGACUCAGUCAAGUCUUUAGAACAAUAUUUGGCUGACAAGUCUUACAUUGAUGGUUCCAAAGCCACUCAAGCUGAUGUCACUGUUUACAAGGCUUUCCAAAAGGAAUACCCACAAUUGACCAAAUGGUUGAACCACAUCUACUCUUUCGCUGAAGAUUUCGAAGUUUUGCCAGCCGGAACUGCCCCUGCUGCUAAGGCCGUUGAACAAGAAGACGAUGAUGAUGUUGAUUUAUUUGGUUCUUCUGAUGAUGAAGUUGACGAAGCUGCUGAAAAAUUGAAGCAAGAAAGAUUAGCUGCUUAUGCUGCUAAGAAGGCUGCUAAACCUGCUAAGCCAGCUGCUAAAUCUAUCGUCACUAUGGAUGUCAAACCAUGGGACGAUGAAACUGACUUAGAAGAAUUGUUGGCUAAUGUUAAAGCUAUCGAAAUGGAUGGUUUGGUUUGGGGUGCUUCACAAUGGAUUCCAGUCGGCUUUGGUAUUAAAAAAUUGCAAAUCAACUGUGUUGUUGAAGAUGACAAGGUCUCUUUGGAAGAUUUGCAGCAACAAAUUGAGGAAGAUGAGGAUCAUGUCCAAUCCACUGAUAUUGCUGCCAUGCAAAAGUUGUAAGCACUUUCAGCUAAAUUCUAAAUACGAGUAAUCAAUAUUAAUAACG